AUGUCGGACGACGAGCGGGACGAGGAGAUGACGGCGAUGGAGCUGGCGAAACGAUUGGCGCCGGCGUUCGCGAAGAUGGCGGAGGCGGCGCACGAAGCGUCGGGAAUGCUGUCGAAAUUCGCAAAGAUUCCGAACGAAUCGACGCUCGUGAAGCGCGGACGCGGGAUGGACAGCGAGGGAAAGCGGCUGACGAAGGCGCAGAAGCGCGAAUUGAAACCGCCGCGCGCGCCGACGGCGUUCAACAUGUUCAUGAAGGAUGAGGUGCAACGCGUGCGGGUGGAGCGAGGAGACCUGAGCCCGAAGGAGGUGUUCACGGAGUGCGCGCGACGCUGGAGAGAGAAAAAGUCGAGGACGCAGGGAAGCCUGCAGGGCGGUGGGUCGCUGAACCCGGUGUCCACGCCCCCGGCGAUGAAGGACAAGCACAAGAAGGACAAGUCGCACAAAAAGGAUAAGAAGAAUAAGGACAAGUGA